AUAUGAAGUGGAUAAAUUUAAAUUAUUAACCAAUAAAAUAUUAACCAACAAAAGCUGAUGAGAAGGCUAUACCUAGGACCAACAGACUUAAGGGCGGGUGUAGGGUAUUCCGACGGUGGAAGAAGAGCCGUAGGUAGUUCUUGUGAUGGAAGGACAGUGAAGACGAGUACAACGAAAAAGGAGAGAAUGCGUGAGAGAAAAUCGUGUGAAGGAAACGAAGGCUACUGAGUUUUUCUUUAUUUUUUAUUAAAAAUACAAUUAAUUGGUAAAUAAAAUUUUGGAUAACUAUGUUUAUGUAAAAACUCCCAAAGUCAUAUUAUAAUUUUUGUUUUUCCUAUUAUAACCUUUUAUUAUUUUUUUCCAAGUUUCACACAAUUAGAUUAUUUUAUUAUAUAGUACAUUUUUUUUGAAACGAUUUUAUUAUAGUACAUUAAUUAAUCAUGGUUAAAUUUAUAUGGUCCAAAUAUAUGACUCUUCCCCAUCUUUCCCCUCAACCAGUCCACUGCAACCGGCAACCGGCAACCGCCAACUCCCCUGACUCGCUUUUUUACCUCAUCUCCAGUCCCCGCUAACCUUUCUUAUUCCACCUUAGAAAUCAAUACGGUUUUUUUUCUGCUACAGACCAAUAGGGCUCGUCGCAGAUGAUACGAUGAAGAGUGUGGCGAUGGGUGAUUCCGUGGUGGAAGCAUUAAAAAGACUACUCCAUUCUUUUUAUAAGCAAUAAUAUGCAAAAACAUCAAACAACAAAACUAGAAAUUGGCAUACCUAUUCAUCGUCCCCUGCAAGCUGCAACCGCGUCAGUUGAAAAGCCCUAAUCCAACACGAAGGUUCAUUGCUUGUCUGAUUCAGUUCAACCUAAUGCAGAUUAACGUUCUUUAUCAUUGUUAGAACACAAGUAAAGGUAUCAAUUUCUAUAGGCUUUGUUUUGAUUUGAACAUAUAGAAAGAGAAAAGAUCAGGUUUUGUAUUGAUUAAUUGAUUGAUUCAAGUUUUUGGACUAGAUUUGGGGUUAUGAUUUUUGUUUCUUUUAUCAUUGUCAAUUCUCCUCGACAAUGUCACUUCAUCAUCCCUCUUCUUCAUCUUGGCAAUUGGCAAUGACUGAGUGAUAAUGAAAACAUAUUUAUGAAUCUUGAGGUCUACAAAUCUCAAUAUUAGAUGGUUAUUUGGAAGGGUUUUGGCAGAUUGGUUAUGAGAUGAAAGAAAAUGUGUGUGCAUUAACAAAAGCCGACCUUAGCUCAGUUGGUAGAGCGGAGGACUGUAGUAGGCAAUAAGCCAAUGGCCAUCCUUAGGUCGCUGGUUCGAAUCCGGCAGGUCGGAAUUUUAAAAUUUCUUUUUUUUAAUCGCCGUUUCAAAAAAUAUAAAAUAAAAAAUUGCCUCAAUGAACUUGGAUUCUUUUCCCAUCAUCGGUUUUGACUUUUGAGAGAUAGGUGAGCCGGAAAUUAUUUUUUUGGUAAAAAUGGAUUGUACACAUAGUUAAAUAUUUAACCUUUAUAUUGACAAUACAUAAUUAAUUUAACAUUAUUUGAAUUUUAGAAAAUUCCACAUCGUUGGUUUUUUAUAAAUGGCAGAUGACGUGGAUGAUGAUUUGGUAACAACUAACAACGUGUACCCCAUCAUUGCUUAUCUCAAUGUGAAACCAACUCCACUGAUAUUGAAAAAAUUAAGUGAUCGAAUUGAAAAGAUAUUUAUUUUGCUUUUGUUAAUUGAAAAUUUCUAAGAAACUCACAUAUCUCUCUCUCUAUGUAUAGUACGCGGAGCUACUCAAAUAUUAGAAAACUCUCGAGAUUUUUGUAGAUUGAAAAUCCUCUUGGAAAAUUACAUCUCUCUCUCUGAUACUCUGUAUAUAUUUCCUUUCGUUGAGGUGCUCAAAUCACAUCCCCCCUACAUUCUAUCUUGACAAAUUAACACAUAGAUGACAUCAUCAUCAUCAUCCUCAGCUUCUCCUUCCUCCACUGGAUUUUCUUCUCAGUCAUGUAAAUACCAUGUUUUUCUUAGCUUUAGAGGAGAAGAUACUCGCAAUACAUUUGUGGGCCAUCUCUAUUCGGCUCUUGAACAAGAAGGUAUCUACCCUUACAAAGACGACGAAACACUUCCCCGAGGCGAAUCGAUCCACCCAUCCCUUAUGAAAGCUAUUGAAGAAUCACAGAUAGCCAUCAUCGUAUUUUCAAAAAACUAUUGUGAUUCCUCGUGGUGUCUGGAUGAACUUGCACAUAUUAUGAAAUGCAGGGAUACGAGAGGCCAAAUCGUUAUGCCUAUAUUUUAUGACGUGGAUCCCACUGAAGUACGAAAACAAAAAUGGAAAUACGGAGAAGCAUUUGCCAGACAUGAGUUGGAGAACAAGAGGAAAGUUGAAUCUUGGAGAAAAGCACUUGUGGAUGCAAGUAACAUUUCUGGAUGGGAACCCAAGCACAUUGCCAAUGGGCAUGAAGCAAAAGGCAUCAAACAAAUUGUAUACGAAAUUUCACAGAAGUUGCAGCCAAUAACUUCACGUUUAAAUGAUCAAAACCAGGUCGGAAUGGCAGCUCGCUUGCAAGGUUUGGAAUUGGAGUUAGAAAUUGGGUCAGGUGGUGUUCGAAUGGUUGGAAUAUGGGGUGUUGGGGGUGGUGGUAAGACUACUCUUGCAUAUUCUAUUUAUGAUGAAAUUUGUAGCAAGUUUGAUGGUUGUUGCUUUGUUGAAAAUAUUCGAGAGGAAUCAGGCAGAUAUGGUUUGGGAAAACUGAAAGACAAAAUUCUUUCAGAAAUGGAAGUAAACAGAGCUGGAGGUCGACGAAGAUCCUUGAUAAAUGAUAUGUUUCGCCAUAGAAAGGUCUUGAUUGUUCUAGAUGAUGUCGAUCACCCUGAUCAACUAAAAGCGUUAGCUGGAUCACAUGAUUGGUUUGGAGAAGGAAGCCGAAUAAUAAUCACAACUAGAGAUGAACAUGUAUUAACUGCUCACAAAGUAGAUGUGAUACACAAUAUUACCUUGUUAGACAAUGAUGAGGCUAUGAAGCUCUUUCGCAAGCAUGCUCCCCGGGAUAACAGAGUUAUGGAAGAUUAUGAGCAGCUUUCAAAAGAGGUGGUCUCUUAUGCUGGUGGGCUCCCAUUAGCACUUACAGUUCUCGGUUCUUUUCUGUGUGACAAAGACAUUAAUGAGUGGAAGAGUGCAUUAGCCAGACUGAAAGAGAUCCCGGAUACGGAUAUUGUGGAAAAGCUAAAAAUCAGCUUUGAUGGGCUUAAACCAGUUGAGAAAGAUUUGUUCUUGGAUAUUGCAUGUUUUUUUAGGUGGGAAUACAAAGACGAGGCAAUGAAGAUCCUUGAUGCUUGUGGUUUUCAUCCGGUCGUAGGAGUGAAGGUGUUGAUACAAAAGGCUCUUAUAACCAUUUCAAAUGGAAAGUUUGAUAUGCAUGAUCUGGUUCAAGAAAUGGGACACUACAUUGUUAGAGGGGAGCACCCUAACAAUCCUGAAAAACAUAGUAGAGUUUGGAAGAAGGAAGAUGUUCUAAAUAUAUGUGCUAUGGAUGGAAUGGUGAAGCUUGACAAUAUUGGAGCAAUAAAUUUUCGGCAUGUUGCACUUGACAAAUCACAAUCUUUUCUUCAGGCUGUUGCAAACAUGAAUAAGCUUCGGUGGAUUGAUUUGUACGUUGAUCUGAUCAAUGAGAUUACACGUCCAUUGCCAGAGCAUUUUCUAUUGAGUCAUGACCUAGGGGAAAAUUUUCCACCAAGAGAAUUGUGUUGUCUAAGAUUGGCUAAUCUCAUGCAUAAACAACUUUGGGAGGGUUAUAAGCUUCUGCCAAAUUUGAAAAUCAUGGAACUUUAUAGGUUGCUUAACCUGAGAAUGACACCUGAUUUUGCUGGACUUCCAAAUCUUGAAAGAUUCAACCUUACUUUAUGUUGGUAUUUAGAAGAGAUUCAUCCAUCGAUUGGAUGCUCGGAAAGGCUCGUUGUCCUAUCUAUAUCAAGUUGUCCUGGUCUUAAGAUGUGUCCAUCUAUUACUGGACUAAAGAAACUCCAGAUCCUUAAAUUCUCAAAUUGCUCCAAACUUUUCAAGCUCUCAGAGAUCCAAAAGAACUCGGACAAUUUAGUAUUUCAUUUGGAUAAUAGCGGUGAAGCACGAGUUAAGAAACCAGGAGAGAACCUCAUUGAUGUGGAAGAAUGUUGUUUAGAGCAACCUUAUUUACCUUACAACAAUAUCAACCACAUAGGGCUAUGGGUUUUUAGCAUAGGGUUAAGAAGGUUGGAUCUUAGCUGCUGCACUUUGGGAGAUAAAAACAUCUCUGAUGCUGUUUGGGAUUUACCCAACCUGGAAGAACUCGAUCUAAGCCAAAACAAAUUUUCACAAUUAAAUUUUGAUCUCUUGCGACUUCCUCAGCUCAAAUGGCUCAACGUGUCACACUGCUAUGAACUUGUGGAAUUGUCGGAGCUGCCAUCAAGUAUAGCUGUUGUUAUAGCGGAUGGUUGUAAGUCACUCAAAACCCUUGGAGACAUUUCAAACUGCAAAUGGUUGUGGAAAGUGUCACUUAAGGGGAAGAACAAAGUAGGUCCACUUGUUGGUGACAUUACUACACUCCAUGCUCCAGGUUUGGCUCCACCUUUUGAAUUUCAGUCUAUAUAUUGACCCAAACAUAUACAAGAAUAAUAGAAUGUGUUCUCCAUGACAGGGAAAUGCUAUUGAAGAUCACUUUGUCAGUUUUACUCUUCCAUAUCAGAUUCCAAAGAGGUUUGUAGGUAGGUUGUUUAGGGGGGAAACAUUUACAAUGCAUCUUCCACAAGAUUGUUACAAUGACUUUUGUGGGUUCCUAAUAUGCUCUGUUCACGGUAUCUACCAUUCGUGUAUUGAAAUAACCAUCAAGCAGGAGCCUAAGUAUGACGGAAAAACGAUGGAAAAGCCAUAUGAGAUUCGGCAGGAAUCUAAUAAAGUAUCAGAUAUGAUGGAAAUAGAAUAUGGUUCCUUUGGUUCAUUGAGGAACAUCUCACUGGUGAAUUCAUCAUAUAUUAAUAUGAUUUCAUUUUCCAUAAAGGACAUCGGUUGGAGUUCGUCUGCAGCUCGGAUGUAUAUUGGAGCUGAGCUCGUACCUAGGAAAAGCAAAGGUGAUCAUGUUCAAAAAACAUAUUGCUCAGAAUUUUGGGAUCAGGAAGCUUAUCAUAGAAAGUCAUUUAGAAUCCAACAUGAUUCCAAGUCUUCUAUCAAGAUUAUAUGGCAUCCUUAAGAAAACAAUUGGCCGUGACAAACACAUUCCUACAAGUCUCUCGACUAUUCACUACUUAGUAAUUCCUGUUCUCAUUCUUUUCUCUUGCAUUAUAAUUGUUAAACGAUUAGGUAUGUUAUGACUUUCUUGUUGUGAACCAAAAUCUUCGAAAAUGACAUUUACAUCUGUCUUUGUUUCCCACUUUUCCCCUCAUCCCCCGAGAUUAGGUAAUUAAAUGCGACAUGAAACACCUCAGUCUCAACAUCUUAGAGGUUUGUUUGUAGGUCGUUCCUUGUAUCCCAUUAUUGGACAAUUAUGGAAUUUCCCCACUUAUCGCC